GCCUGUCUCCCCCCUCUCUCUAGCUCUCGCGCGCGCUUAGCAAGCGGCGGCGGGACUGUCACUGCGGACUACAUUUCCCAUAGCCCUGAGCGUCCAUCCCGCCUCUAGCCUCUGAGCUCCCGCCUCUCUCUCUCUCUCUCGCUCUCUCUAUCUCUCUGUCCGCCGCCGCCUCCUCCUCCGCGCGCUUCAGUUUCCUGUGUCCGCUGCCGGGGAGAACCGUUGGAGUCCAUCAUGUCGGGUGACGAUGAACAGCAGGAGCAGACCAUCGCCGAGGACCUGGUGGUCACCAAGUACAAGAUGGGGGGCGACAUCGCGAACAGUAAGAGCCAGCGGCGGGGACACACACACACACACACGGUUACCGGGUGAGGAGAGCCGGCAGGCAGAGCUGGGGAGUGCCAGGCCCGAGACCUUCGGCCAGGAUAGUAUGGAGCGGCUCUCCGGCUUUAUUAUACUGUCUGACCUGUCAAUCACACGGGACACUUAACCCCCUGCCUGCCGCUGCUCUGACAUGAAGUGCUGGGAAUAGGGGGUUUAAUGGCAGUGGGGGAGGGGAUCGCACGUGUCCCGUCUGCCAUGUGCCUCCCCGGCACCCUUACACUCCACAGGCCCUGGCACCCACGUGUCUGCAGGCUCCUCUGUACGGUGUGUGUGAGAGCAGCAAGUGCUCUGUGCGGAAUAUGGGGGGAGACAGGGCUGUCACACAAUCUAAUAAGUUAUAUAGUUUGUAAGAAUAUAGGUUAAUGCAGGUCAUUAAGCAGUCAGUAUCUUUCAAUCUACUACAACUCAGGAAGGGCCUUCUUCUCGUCAAAGCAGUAAUGAACAUUCUGUUGGAAAAUAAUACAUUGACCAUAUGUCUUGUGUGUGUGUGUGUGUGUGUGUAAAAAAAAAAAUUAAAUAAGUGUGUGUGUGUACACACACUAAUACGAGGGGGAAAAAACUAUUAAACUGCAGAAGCAUUUCUGCAUAUUUGUUAGGGUAUCCAUGCAUUACUUUGUGACAUUUUUGAAGGUCUUCUGUCAUUUUUAUAAUUUUAAAGUAUACACUAACAAAUUGCAAUGAGUAAAACAGAAUUCUGCUAGUUACAAGAUAGUUACAAGAAAUGUAUUUGUUUAUUGUCUAAAAGUACACAUUCUAGUAGUCUUCCAGCAGCGCAUCUAAUUUUAUUUUAAUUUUUUUUAAGCAUAUGGUGUUUUACCUAUAUUUCUUCCAAAUUUCAGAACAUAUUCUUGACAUUUACAGAAAAGUCACUCUUGUGCUCAUUAGGUUGUACCUGUCAUAUGCACAUAGGUUUAGUCUAUAUGUUAAAUCUUUAUACAGAUCAAAAUAAGCCUUAUUUUUUGUUUUUGAAGUAAAUUAUAUUUUUCAUCUUGGUGUGUGUAAGCCUGAAGAUUCACAGAGUCUUUAAAAUGUAUUGAGUAAAAAUUAAUAAACCAGAACAAAUCAAAUUAAAAAAAUUCAACCUCCCUACUACUCUAGUUUAGGAUGUUAGGAGGUUCAUGCUUUUGUGGCCUUUUUGAAACAAAUGAUUGCUGCAAAAAACUUGCAGAUAACUUGUGAUUAGAUGACUCAAGACAAGGUGCUACAGCAGUUAAAGAAAAAUAAUGUAAAUAAAGCUCCGGAACCUGAUGGUAUUCACCCACGAUAACUUAAGGAGCUAAAUGGGGAAAUAAGUGAACCUCUGUAUUUAAUCUUUUGUUUCAGGUAUUGUACUGGAGGAAGGCAGAUGUCGUUCCUAUAUUUAAAAAGGGUUCAAAAUCCUUGUCUGGAAAUUAUAGAACUGUGAGCUUAAAGGGACUCUCCAGUGCCAGGAAAACAUAUCCAUUUUUCUGGCACUACAGUGCCUCCCACCCCCAUGCCAUAUUGCUGAAGGGAUUAAAAGCCCUUCAGGAUAGAGUACAACGAGUUAUCAUUAAAGGACCACUAUAGUGCCAGGAAAACAUACUCGUUUUCCUGGCACUAUAGUGCCCUGAGGGUGCCCCCACCCUCAGGGUCCCCCUCCCGCCCGGCUCUGAAUGGGGGAAAGGGGUUAAAACUUACCUUUUUCCAGCGCUGGGCGGGCAGCUCUCCUCCUCCGAUCCUCCUUCUCUCCUCCCCGUCGGCUGAAUGCGCACGCGCGGCAAGAGCUGCGCGCAUUCAGCCAGUCACAUAGGAAAGCAUUCAUAAUGCUUUCCUAUGGACGCUGGCGUGCUCUCACUGUGAAAAUCACAGUGAGAAGCAUGCAAGCGCCUCUAGUGGCUGUCAAUGAGACAGCCACUAGAAGAAAUAGGGGAAGGCUUAACCCAUUCACAAACAUAGCAGUUUCUCUGAAACUGCUAUGUUUAUGAAAAAAUGGGUUAACCCUAGCUGGACCUGGCACCCAGACCACUUCAUUAAGCUGAAGUGGUCUGGGUGCCUAGAGUGGUCCUUUAAUGGUAAAUUUUCAGGCUGGACAGAAGUGGUGUCCCUCAGGGUUCUGUUUUGGGACCGCUUCUAUUUAACAUAUUUAUAAAUGAUCUUACAAUAGGCAUUGAAAGCCAUGUUUCAUUGUUUACAGAUGACACAAAACUUUGUAAAGUAAUACAAUGUGAGUAGAAUAUUGUUUUGCUGCAGAGGGAUUUAGAUAGAUUGGGGGACUGGGCACUAAAAUGGCAGAUUACAUUUUAUGUAGAGAAAUGUAAAGUUAUGCACUUUAGGGUCAAGAAUGCACAAGCAAUUUACACCCUAAAUGGUUGUGAAUUAGGGAUAACCACACACGAGAAGGAUUUGGGAAUUGUUACAGACAACAAAUUAGGCAACAAUAUGCAAUGUCAAUCUGCAGUUGCUAAGGCCAGUAAGGUUUUGUCAUGUAUAAAUAGGGGCAUAAAUUCUCGCGAUGAAAAUAUAAUUUUGCCUCUUUAUAAAUCACUGGUAAGACCACACCAUGAAUAUGCUGUGCAAUUUUAGGCACCUGUUCUAAAGAAGGAUAUCAUGGCACUAGAAAAAGUGCAGAGACAAGCUACAAAAUUGAUAAAAGGAAUGGAGCACUUUAAUUAUGAAGAGGGGAUAUGAUAACAUUAUACAAAUAUAUUUGGGUCCAGUACAAACAAUUAUCUUGGAAUCUAUUCAUAAAUAGGGCUAUAAAUAGGACACAAGGUCACGUUUAGGCUGGAAGAAAGGAGAUUUCAUCUAAGGCUGGAGAAAAGUAAAUGGCUGAAAGGGCGCCCUGAGGGUAGAGGGGAACUAAUGACCCUAUAGUGCCUAGAAAAUGAGUUUGUUUUCCUGUCACUAUAGUGGUCCUUUAAGUGUCUUAUAUCUGAAACAUUUUACAAAAAUCACUACCACUGCAAGCUUUCACAGAUGUUAAAAGAGGUAGUUUUACUUCGUUCUACCAGUCCUAGAAAUGCAUGCUAAUAUUACACUUCUCACCUCCUAUAGUCCCCUUCACAACUUACUGUGAAGAAGUCAAAGCUGCGGCUAUAUCUCAAUUCCCAAACAUAUCAAUUAAGCUGCCAGGCAUCAGCAUUGAGGCCAGUGUGAAGGUAUUGGAAGCACCAAUAGUUUAGUGAAACAAGGGGAAAAUAUAUUGACAGUAAAUAGGGAAAGCGGUUAGGCAAUUGCCAGAGGCCUGAUGAAUGAAGUACACUUUUAACCAUUUGGGUCAUGGUUACGAAUUGCUAGUUUAUAUACUGCAGCAGAGUGUCAGAAUAGGCAAACAUUGCCAACCUGGGCAUCUUAAAAUUUCAUUCAGUUAAAAAAUGAGAGCUCCACUAUUGGCAAUAACAUUCAAAAUACCUUGUUUUUAAAAUAAAUAAAUAUAUACUUUAUAUUUAUUCCUUCAUACAGAAACUGCUAGCUAGUAGCCUAUACAUUUUGAAUACAAAAAAGAGAAUUGAAAAGCUAAGCUUUGCUUCUCGAAAUGAAACCACCCAGCAUUGUCUUACUGAAUGAAAAUUGUUCCAGCAGUACUGUUCCACUGAACUAGUCUGGUUUUCAAUGACUGCUUCCAUAAGUGAAUGAAUAUGCGUUUACAGUUGCAUUUCUAGGAACCUAAACCAGUCUUUUCCCUUGCUUUAAUUAUAGACUGAAAUGGUGACUUCAAAGGGGUGGAUUGAGUUUGUUGUUUGGGCAAUAGUCAUGCAGUUAAUUGUUACAGUGCAUAAUAAAAAAUGUAUUUCACUCCCUUGAAAUUACCGUCUAUUGUAAACUAAACCUGUUCAGAUUCAAACUACCAAUUUAACAAUCACUGAUCAGUCCACUCGAUCUAGAGUAUGGUUCUAGAGCAAAUCUAAGUUGUUGUUGUGGGUUUUUUUUUUUUUUUAAUAUAUAUAUCUGUUGACUUUUCUCUCUCACAGGGGUUCUCCGUGCCCUGGUGGAUGCAGCAACACCUGAUGCUUCAAUCUUGAGUCUUUGUGAAAAGGGGGAUAACCUGAUCAUGGAGGAAACUGGCAAAAUCUUCAAGAAGGAGAAGGAAAUAAAAAAAGGUACAAUCUUUUGAGCAGCAACUUUGGAUGUUUAUGAAAUAUGCCAUACCAAUGUUGAGUGUGCCUAAAGCACAAAGUCUGUCUUGGUAUCACCUAAUCCUUCCAUCUGUGACAUUGAUAGGCCAUCCAGGCUUUUCCUUUGAGGAAUAGAAUAAAUCCUGAUACGGUUUCUAAUCUACCGUACCUGGAUAAGAAGGCUAAAGAAUCCGAGUAACAAAAGGCCUUUGUGAUGUAGCAAUUUUAUACCUAAAAAAAAAAAAUGAAGUGCUAGAGCAGACAAGAAUAAUUUCUGCUUUGACAGCUGGGAUAAUUGCCAAGUGAUUCCUUGUACCAUGAUGUCGUAACAUUUGGUACCAACAUUUAAAAGGGUUGUUUUUAUAUAAUAUAUUUAUAUAUGCAUAUAUGAUAUCACUUACACUUUAUCACAGAGCAUUUACUGGCUUAUUGUUGUGGUUUUUUUUUUUUUUUUAAUUUAAAGGAUUACUGCGGGCACCAUUAAAACUUAAUUGCAAUUAGGCUGUUAUGGUACAUCAGGCUUAAGGCACUAUCUUACUUUAAAGGGACGCUACACUGCUAAAUAUGACAAUUAGUGAUCUGCUAAUUAGAUAUACCCCCAAUGAAAGCAUGCAUGCAUUUAAAAGGACACUAUAGUCACCAAAGGAUAUUUCUGCAUAUGGCAGUUUUUCUGUUGUGUAUAGUCGGUCCUUGCAGGCUUUGUGCAGUAAAUACGGUCUUUUCUGCAUUGAGACACUGAAGUUUGUUCGGAGAUGCAUUGAUUCAAUGCGUCUCUAUGAGAAGAUGCUGAUUGGCCAGGGUGGCAUUUGGCUCCUCUCCUGGCCCGCCUCCUUGGUUUAGAUCAUCAAUCUUGGUCAAACCAAUGCUUUCCUAUGGUAAAUAAUUGUGAUUGGCUGAGAUUAUCACUUCUGAUAAUGUCAGCCACGAAGGCAUAUAUGAGGCCGAGUCCACACCGGUAGACUGCAACAAAGGUAAGAUUUUACUAGAUUUUAUAGAAUACUAUAAGGUUAAGAACAUGUUUGUGUUCUUAACCUUAUAGUAUUCUUUUUAUUAGGUGCUUUUUUUUUUUCUUUUUCUUUUUUUUACAUUGGGAGAAUAUCUAAAAACAGCUUGCAAAUGUCCUCCCCCUUUUUCCCAGCACAUACUUUAUGCAGGUGUCCAAUCACAUACUGCCUUGUGCAUCUCAAUGAAAAGUCUUUGCAAUGCAAGUGCUCUGUGCAAUUGUCUGCCUCUUGAGUAUAGCUCCACUGAGCUAAACAACCAGGAAGUAACAGGACCGUUUGUCUACUUAAAAAGCAAGGGAGUGUAACAAGGUUAAUUUAAAAUAGUGCCAAUUGCUUUUGUAAUAUGCACUUUUCGUAAAAUGAAAAAGCAUUUCAGCAAACUAAAGUGCCCUAGGUGUCCGUUAAGGGGUUAAACCAUUGACUAAUAAAUUUCAGGUAAAAGGCAGUGUUUACAUUGCAGCCUAGUUACACCUCUAGUAGCAGUCACUUAGAUGUAUGUGUUUGAAUUCCUGACACUGUAGUGUUCCUUUAAAGAAGCACUGUUCCUUAUGAGGUGACUCAUAUGCUGGUAGUCUAGGUACUGGGUUGACUACAGCUGGCACUUAUGAACUCUCUUACAUGCACAAUGCUACAAAAUGGGGUCUAUGGAAGAGACCCUGUGAUUUUACAUAGAUAAAAUUGAGUUUGUGCAAUAAGAUGCCAUAAGCAUCUAUUGAACAAGAUAAUUCCUGUUCCUGUCAGCCCAAUGUCUGAUGGGAGGUUUACAUGCUGUUGAGGAAGCUUUUACAUUUGCCAAAGAUUGACGCAUAAAGUAGUCCCUACAAAGCGAACAAUAACUUUUUCUUGUAAGGAAUAUUUAUUUAUGAAUAUCUCAAAAGUGGCGAUGUUGCUCUAAUAUUGAUGAUGCUUUAGGCACCAUCAUCACUUCAGUUCAUAGGAGUCUCCCGCAUCCCUGUCAAACCAUUAUCUUAAAUUUCACCAGGAUGCAGAGUGCCCUGGCACUCAGUAAGUGUAUGUCGUAGAUGGAAAGUAGCUGUGCCUUAUGCCGUACUUUGUAGGUAGGCAGAGAAGACAGCUAUUUGAUUGUAAACUGACACUGGUAUGGCACUUUCCAUCUUCACAAUGCAGUCUGGGGGCAAAGCUGCAUGCUCUGAGGGACCCUGCUUCUCUUUAAAAAGGUAAAAUAGCUGUUUGACUUGCGUGACUAACGUGAUGCCUGUGUACUCCAGGCAACAUGACAAAUUUGAUGAGGUUGUGUUGCCUAUGGUGUCCCUUUAAGUAUUCAGUUAUGAGCCAGUUGGUGUAUUGAUUGCCAACCCCAUAAUUUACAGAAAUGAAAUCUCUGAAUUGCAGGUGUGAAUCUGACCCUCCUCCUGUUUGGUUUGAUUUGUGACUUAAAGGGAUACUCCAGGCACCCAGACCACUUCUGCCCAUUGGAGUGGUCUGGGUGCCAACUCCAACUACCUUUUAACCCUGCAAGUGUAAUUAUUGCAGUUUUCAUACUAGACUGCCACUAGAGGACACUUCAAUGUUCAUAGAACACGAAAAGUGGUUUAAAACGACGCUGGACAUCCUCACGCUAUGUGAGGACCUCCGGCGUCGCCGAAAUCCCAAUUGGAAAGCAUUAUUCAAUGCUUUGCUAUGGGGAGGUCUAAUAAGCGUGCGCAGCCAUUGCCGUGCAUGCGCAUUAGGUCUACCUCGCCGACGGCCGCGCAUGCACAGUAUGUCUCUCCCCCUGGCUGGCGUAGGUGGGAGGCUGACCCAGCGCCGAGAGACAAGUUGAAAGCUCAGUGUAGGACACACCUGAGGGGGUCUACCUUGAUGUUGGCAGGCGGGCAUUCCCUCCCAUGACCAUUGGGGUAACUGAAUAACCUCCAUUUGCUUUUUACUGUAUGUAUUGGGGCUGAUGUGUACUGUGGUCAUUGCUGCCACGCAGGACUUGUUUUGUUUUUUUGUAUUUGAUUUGUUACUUGACUAACAUUUACAGUGACUUUUAAGAGGGGGAAAAGAUGUUUAAAAUUAUUUCUUUUUUUUCUUUUUUUUUCUUCAUUUCAGGAAUUGCCUUCCCCACUUGUAUAUCUGUAAAUAACACUGUGUGUCACUUCUCCCCCUUGAAGAGUGACCAAGAUUAUCUUCUGAAAGAUGGGGAUCUGGUAAAGAUGUACGUAAGCGUUAACAAUAUUUUCUAACAAAAAGUAUCGGUAUGUGCAUGUGGUGGAGUCUUGUUCCAAAUCAAAGCAAUUAUACUUGCAUUUAUUUUCUUCUCUUUGAUGUAAAAACAGUAUAAAUCUGAGGUCAAUAAAGUGGCUUUAUCUCAAUAAAGGGGCUUUACACACCACCAUGACUAAAGCGUAUUGUGAUUAUGUCAAACUGUUUAAAUGGUUUGCUACAAACCUGUUUUUUCCGUUGCUUGUUGCAGGCCCUCUUUUCACUGUAUUACUCAUGAAGUAUAGCAUCCGUGUUAUUAUGAAUUUUGUUGAAAUUUGGGUGCCAAUGAUUACCUGAGCUUGUGAGCUGACUCUCAACUUUCCAAUGCUUUCAAUAUUUAGACUAAUUUGAUAUUUCUAGUACGGAAGUAUAGCUUCCAUGUUAGCAAAAUGGCAAUUAAGGGGGCUAGCCAUGGAAUCCUGGAGGGCCAUUAGUGUUGCUAAAAAUGGUUUGACAUAUAACCUUCUGGACAGUGUGAAUGGCCCCCUAGUUUCAUAACCCCUACGAUGGGCUGUAGUGGUUAUGUCGCUUAGAGCACACCUUUAAUAUGAUGUGACUUUCAUUUUUACUUGCAUCUUUAGGACUAUAGAAGCAAAAGUUAAAAUUCUGUUAUCUGUAGUAAAACCAGUAUAUAUCUUAGUAUAUGCUUAUUGUAUCACAUUUGAUAAUGAAGGAAUUCUAUUUGUGUUAAAAUGUUACAUCUCUUAAAAGAAUGCAUUGUUGUAUUUUUAGACGAACUGCAAUACUUCUAUUGAAACGUGAUUUCAAAAAGCUUUGCAUUUAACCCAAAAAUAGUGAUUAUAUGUUCAAUAAUAUAUAUUGAAGUUAAUCAUAUCUGGUAGGCCUUCCUCAGAAACCCUGCAUGAGCUGGACACACGUAAUGUGGAUUUUGGAGGUCUUUGGGUUUAAUUCAUACAGUUGUGUGUGUGAUAGAGAUAUAGAUAUAUAUAGAUAGAUAGAUAGAUAUAGAGAUAGAUAGAUAUAGAUAUAGAUAUAUAUACAUAUAUAUCUAUAUCUCUCUAUCUCUCUCUAUAUAUAUAUCUAUCUCUCUCUCUAUAUAUAUAUAUAUAUAUAUAUCUAUAUAUAUAUCUAUAUAUCUAUAUCUCUCUUUAUCACACACACACUUUGUAUGCAAUGUCAUCUCGGUUGAAGAUCAGCAUUUGUUUUUGUUUUUUAGCUUUGAACAGUCUGGUUUCAUAGUGGUGCAUUUGUAAGUUAUAUCUUUGAUACGUUUUUCACCAUAUGGUUUGAAUUGCAGAGACUUGGGAGUCCAUGUUGAUGGGUUCAUCUCUAAUGUUGCACACAGUCUUGUUGUCGGUGCUUCCAAAGUAAGGCUAAUAUUUAUUUGUGAUGUUUCCAUAAAUUGUUUCUACAUUGAUGUCUGCAACCCUCUUAAAGCUAGUAUGCUGAGCAUUGUCCUCAGUCGUUCAAUAUCUAUUACUGAGAAACCUUCUCUCAUUGUAUGUAUAAAUAGGGUCAUAAAUUCUCGAGAUGAAAAUAUAAUUUUGUCUCUUUUUAUAAAUUGAUGGUAAGACCACACCUUGAAUAUGCUGUGCAAUUUUGGGCACCUUUUCUAAAGAAGGAUAUCAUGCACUAGAAAAAGUGCAGAGGCGGGCUACAAAAUUUAUAAAAGGAAUGGAGCACUUUAGUUAUGAAGAAAGGUUAAAAUAUUUAAAUCUCUUUAGUUUGGAGAAACGGUGCCUCGGAGGGGAUAUGAUAACAUUAUACAAAUAUAUUCUGGGCCAGUCCAAACCAUUAACUGGAAAUUUAUUCAUAAAUAGGGCUAUACAUAGGACACGAGGUCCCACAUUUAGGCUGGAAGAAAGGACAUUUAAUCUAUAUCAAAGGAAAGGUGUGUUUUUUUUUUUUGUAAGAACUAUAACGAUAUGGAAUUCUCUGCCUGAAGAGGUGGUUUUAUCAGUCCAUACAGAUGAUUAAACAUCAAUUGGAUAAAUACUUGCAAAAACAUAACAUACAGGGAUAUCUUUUCUAAUUAGUGGGAUAAUAGCUGCUUGAUCCAUGGAGAUAUCUGACUAUUUUUGGGUCAAGAAAGAAUUUUUCCUAGUUUGUUGAAAAUCGUGAAGCGCUGCAGACUGGGUUUUUUGUCUUCAAAAACAUAUGCGAGGAAGGCUGAACUUGAUGGACACAGGUCUCUUUUCAGCUAUGUAACUAUAUGUAUCCAAACUGAAUAUUCUCAACCAAUAAAUUAAGUCCAGAAACGGACAAGAUUUGGAUAUUCUAUUUAUUUUUUGUUUCAAAGGAAAACUUCCACUAUACAUUUAUCAGAAGAGGAGGCUAGAGAGCUUGCAGUGGCCAUCACAAUAUAUUUACUAAUUUGGCUGGGAAAUAUUCCAAAAGUAGCAGUAAGCUAAAUUACUUUCUACCCAAUGUGCUAAAUUGAUCAAGUAGAGAGAUCAUUGGGUGAACAUUUACCCUGUGUCUUAGAUAAAGAUGUGCAGUUCAGUAUACGCCUAAUUGAUUAAAGAUCAUAUUUAAUGGAAAAUAACACUGCACAUUCCAAUUGAUCUGUACCAUUUUCAAACACUUACCCUACAGUAUGUGAGGCUGUGCAAUAUUUGAAUUUUCAGUUAAUUGGCACUUUAUUAAUGCAGGAUUCCCCUGUGACUGGACGCAAAGCGGAUGUAAUUAAAGCAGCUCAUCUAUGCGCUGAAGCAGCCCUACGUCUUGUAAAGCCAGGAAACCAGGUAAAAAAAAAAAGGUCUACUGUACCUAACUGCAUAUUUUAAACGUAAGUUGAUUAGGCAAUAACAUUUAACUCAAGAUGACAGCUUAAAAUUGUACUUUUAAAACAUGUCAUUAUAUGUGACUCAGAAAUUAUGCAAUCUCAAUACCAUUCUCUCACACUUCAUUACUAGUUUACACCUGCUAUUUAUUUGAACUAAAUAAUCAGCUCCCAUCUGCUAUAUUUUGGCAGGGACAACUUAUGUGUUUUUAUUUAAAUUUCAUUUUUUUUUUGCUCAUCUCGGUAGGUUGAGGUUAUAGUCACCUGGAGCGUAGGCAACAGAUUAUUUGUCAGAGUAACAAAGCUUUUGUGCGCUUGAGUAAAUUACACUACAUUAAGGUGCAAAACAUUUACCUUAAUAUGAGUUGAUUGAUUUUCAAUCAGAGUUGUAUAAUAAUCACCAAGUUGGCAAGAAUCAUUGUAAAUGCUACCUGUUUUCAUAUGUUAAAUCCUUUAAUCCCCAUUCCUACUGAAUGAUUGAUGGCCAUUAUUUGUACAAGUCAUUGUCUUUUAUGUACUGUUUUUGCAUAAAAAAAGUUAUUGGUAAACAGAACAUUUUGAUUAUUUAAGUAAACAAUUCCCUUGCCAAUUCUCCAUUUAGUUAAUGAACAGCAUUUGUUUGUUAAUGUUGUCCAAGCUCAGCAACUAGGAGUUUAUUUUAAGGAUGUAUGUGAAUUCGGGUAGCAGUCUGUGAGGAGAAAUUGGAACAAGUACUGCUGGGUUGUCCUAGGGAAGAGCCAUAAAAACCUAGAACAUGAAAGUCCGUUCUCAGUAGUUUUUAAGUAAGGAUCACUUUGAGCACCAUAACCACUAUACUGCAGGAGGGUGCAUUGGCACACCUAUGGUAAGUUGUCAAACAGUUUGACUACUUACACUGGAAGGUUGCUAGGUUACAUUUAACACACAUUACAGAGGGCUGUAGUGGUUAUGGUGCUUGGAGUGUUCCUCUAAACCUCUCUAGAAAGGACAUGUGAGGUUGGUAAUAAAAACAUUGUAUUGAAGUUUUAAUUUAAAAAAAAAAAAGCAAUUUUUUGUUUAUUUUUAACAUCAGAACUCACAGGUAACUGAAGCAUGGAACAAAAUUUCACCAUCAUUUAACUGCACUCCUAUUGAAGGUAAGCGUGAAUGUGUCCUGGUUACAGCAAGAUGUAUGUGUUCUAUGCAUGUGGAGACUUGAGCUUUGCUGUAAAGGAGCAAUUGUGUAUUAGGAACUAAUUCAAAUAGCCUGAUUCCUGAAGGCAUCUCAAAUGUAAAAUGCAGACGUAACAGGCUAUAUACAACAUUAAAUGCACUUAUCACUCAUUCAUACUUUACCAGUGUUACCCUCAUCUGAAUGAAUUCAUUUAAAACUUGAUUGUAUAUUGAGAUCUGAAACCCAGAGUGCAGCAUUUAGGCUAAGAUGGCCAGGCUGUGACUAGAAUAUCCCUAUUUAAAACUUUUUGCCUAAAUUUUUCCAGGGUUUUUCAAUGAACUGUGAUUCUGAGUUUAUUGAAAAACCCUGCAGACUAUAUAGUCACAGUAGAAUAAGACGUUGUCCCUCAUUUGUUGUUGUUUGGUAGUGCUAUGAAAAUGUACAACCAGAGUUAGACCCUCAUUAAAUAUUGUGUGUUUUGUCAGGUAUGCUUUCCCACCAAUUAAAGCAGCAUGUUAUUGAUGGAGAAAAGACCAUCAUUCAAAAUCCAACUGACCAGCAAAAGUAAGUUUUCUAGACUUGAGAUUUAAGAGCUGACCUGCUGUUAGCAAGUUAAUGGAUGAGUAUGUUUACUACAAACUAAAACUUGAUAUGUUUAUGGAGUUGUAUGUAUCGAUGGGCAUUGUAUCCAAAUUUUCCAAGUUUUGCUAAAUAAGUUGUAUGCAGUCAAAAACAGCUUAUUGUUUCUGCUCUCCUUUGAAAUGUUGCACAUGCAGAGAUUAACCCGUUUGCUGCUGGAGGUGUAAAUCCUCCUCCAGCAGUGUCAUUAGGUAGACCAGAACAAAGUUCUAGGCUGGUUAUUAUCAAUUCUGUGCAAAUUUGGCAUCCAAAUAAUCUAACACUUUCUCUUUAAGUGCACAUAUGCAUGUUGGAUGGAGGGACGACCCUUCCUUCUGAUAAUAUAUAUAUAUAUAUAUAUAUAUAUAUAUAUAUAUAUAUAUAUUACAUUACAAAUGAGUAAAAUAGUAAAUUUAAAAAAUGCUUUUGCUUAUAAUAUUCUAUAACUAGUGCAACUAGAAUAAAUAAGCAGUCAUGGUAGUUUUACAAUAUUAGUCCUGAUGUUAAAAUGCCUUAUGUCCAAGAUUUUAAGCUGGUUACAUUAAAUUGAUAUUGUGGUUUUCACAAACGCUUAAUUUUCAUGGGGAAUUUUAGACUUUCUCAAUACAUUAAGGACCCUGGGUUUGUAUUCUACUUAAGCGAUUUGUUCAAGUGAUACUUGAGUUGUGCCACCAUACUCUUCAGUGUCACACUUACAAUGCUAUGUGUAACUUUAGCUAACCCUAACCAUAUCCCUGGCUAAAGCAUGCCACUGCAGUGAUUGUCAACCUGGAGGACAUCUGGCAGCACUACUGAACUGGAAAAAUAAAGCAACCUUUUAAGAAUCCCUGCACAAAUAAACACAAUGAAAAUUGAGAAAUGACACUUAAUUGAAAAGUAAUAAUCCUAUUUAUUAGUAAGAUCUUAAAAAUAUAUAGAGAGAAAUUGAGCAGCAUUGCACAAAUAAGUGAUUUACAGUGAAAAUGCUGUAAGAAGUACCGACUUCAUCACACUAAGUCAAGUUACAAGCAAAUUGUACAGUGCAAAGUUUUGCCUCAAAGGUCUUCAAAGAACCAGUAGCAACACACCAACUACGCUCUGCCAAGUCAGCUUGAUCCACCUCACGCUGUAUAGGGCCACAGAUGAAACCGGUCAUUGGGGUCUGAGCAGAUACAAGCUGAUCGCCAAUCUCCAAAGUGCUCCUAUGUCCUCCAAGCCCCACUUAACCAUCAACAUGUUUUGCUCAAUCCACAAACUUCUUAGGGCUUUCACUGACAAGUUUGUGGAUUUUAUCAUGUCAUUCUCUCACCUCUCAUUUCAUUCCCAAUAAAAUGGAUAAUAGUCACAUCCCUAAAACAUUAACUUUUAACCCCUUAAGGACACGUGGCAUGUCAUGAUUCCCUUUUAUUCCAGAAGUUUGGUCCUUACGGGGUUAAAGGGGCACACCUGACACUUAAGUACUGUUUAUAUGAAGUGUCCUUUUUAAAAAAAAAAAAAAAUAUAUAUAUAUAUAUAUAUAUAUAUAUAUAUAUAUCUUUAAAUAGAAACUGUCACUUAAAAAAAAAAAUUAACCUUGUUACAUCCUCCUGGCUUGCAAGUGUGCUCAAUUCAGAGCACUGCUACUCUGAGGACUCAUGAGGCGGCACUGUGUACAGUACAAAAUACCUGUAUCUUGACUCCAGCUGUGGUGGGAGUUGUCAUUUGCAUUGCUAAAAAUGUCAGUGUAGUAUGACAAAGUAAGAAGUUGUUUGUCUGUGUGUGUAUAUAUCUAUCUUUGUGGUUAAGAAAUGUAUUAUUUUUUGUUUACAUGUUUGAAACAUGUUAAUACACUUGAAUUUAACUAUUUGCACAUAUUUAACAUUUUGUACCUAAUAUUCUAAAAUCCACCAUAUUAUAUCUAAGCUGUAAAUGAGGUUGUGCUAGUUCACUAGUGAUUUCAAAUAUUAUUUUGCCUUUUGCAGGAAAGACCAUGAAAAGGUGGAGUUUGAAGUUCAUGAGGUUUACGCCGUUGAUGUUCUCAUUAGCACGGGAGAGGGAAAGGUGAGUUUUCUUAGGCAAGAUGAAUUCGAUAUAUAUUGAUAUAUUAUGUAUGCAUGUUGGAUAUACACCAUACUUACCUGUAUAGUGGCUUUAAAGCAAUGGUUAAUGGGCACCACAAUGAUUUCUGUUCUGUGAGUAGUUUAGUUGUCCUCUUGCUGCUAUAUAAAAACAUAGCUGAAUCAAAAUCUUUAACUUUUUGCUGUUCAGUCUGAUAGUACUAAUAUUAAUGGAAGGAGCAAAAAUGGAUCUAAACUAUUUAAUUUUUAUUUUUUAAAGUCCUCCCUGCAUAACAGACUGUAACUCAACAUUCACAUUACAUCUAUUUUGAGUGUCUUUGCUAUCUUUUUCAGACACACUUUUUGUUGAACAUGAAGAGCUGCUAAAAUGGUGUAAGCUCUACAUGAUAAAUAUGUGAGAUUGACUCUGAUUGUCUAAAGUUUGACUAGUACAUUGCUUUUUCAUGGAGGAAACAAAAUCAAGAACAAGCUAUGUGGGUUUAGAUAGAAAAUAGGAUGAUCAGAUAAAUUAACAGUCUCUUAUUGGGUGUUAAACUGAAGACAAAUGAAAAGUUUCUGUGUGAGUGCACCUGAUUGAUAACUGAUGUUUGCCACAGGCAAGAGAUGCUGGACAGAGGACAACCAUUUACAAAAGGGACCCAUCUAAACAAUAUGGCUUGAAAAUGAAAACCUCACGUGCCUUUUUUAGUGAAGUGGAGAGACGCUUUGAUGCCAUGCCAUUCACUCUCAGGUAAUGUAAAGAGCAAUGCUGCCAUGUUCAAGGACCACUCCGAUGUAUUAAAAACAGUGCUUACGUUUUGAAGCCUUGUCCUUUUAAGGCCUAGGCCUUACAAAGUUACUUGCCACCAAAGUAUCCAGGGGAUGUUAAUAUUACCCAAUUUAAUGGUACUAAUGAGCUAUCUGACCAGCCUUCAUGAUACCACAUAUAAAGAACUCGAAGUUCUCUGGCAAAUGUUAGCAUUGGGGUUUCUCUGAGAUGGCAAUGUUUACUAUUUUAGAGAAGAGGGGCAGCUUGUAUGCAUCAAAACAAAUUAUUUAAUAUGUUUUUGGUGCUUAUUGUCCCUUUAACUAUCAGGAUUCCACUCUUCCAUUGUAGAGAGUAUAUAAAUUUGUUGUGACUGUAUGGAUUUAAUUGCCAUGUCCAUGAUUUCUAAUCCUCCUAAAUUCCCAUAGGGCAUUUGAAGAUGAAAAGAAAGCAAGAAUGGGUGUGGUAGAAUGCGCCAAACAUGAGCUGCUCCAGCCAUUCAAUGUACUCUAUGAAAAGGAAGGUGAGGAAAUAGUUGAAUGUGUUUUAAAGGGAAAGUAAACCAUAAUUCAUGACUUCACUACAUUUAUUUCUAAAUAAAGAGGGAAAAAAACCUGCUUUAAUUACCGACAGAUUUUAAGAUGUGCUAUUAGUGAACCCAAUAAGGGAAUGGAUUAUUUUUAUUUUUAAAUUCUUUAUUUUUGUUGUGCGAGCUUUACAACCUGCUUGGAUAGCCACAACAACUAGGCCAAGCGCAUCUGUAACAUGUAUAACAUAAGUAUGACAUUUGUAAUUACUACACAUUUGUAAGUGGUGAUAGUCAAACAUAAAGGAAAAAACUUCAGCUUGUAUAUUUAUGAGGCCGCUACAGAUAGGACAAGCGUAUCUGUAACAUGUAUAACGUCAGUAUCGCAUUUGUAAUUACUACACAUUAGUGAUAGUAAAACAUUAGCUUGUAAGCUUAUGAAAGAGAUUUGUCCGGGAGGUCGGAGACAAGUGUUUAGUAGUGGUAGGCGGUAUUGGUCCGCCGCGGGCAGACUGGCAUACAUAAGUGACACAGCCUAAAUAUACGUGGUGUAUUAUGGUGGCCUAACCCUUGGUAUGUGUUUGUAGAGGCUGGGUAAUGUUAAAGUGAGGGGCGGUCUAUAUGCGCUGGAGGCACUUAGGAAACAUGAGUAAAUUAAACAUAUUGCUGCUUCCCUUAAGAGAGUCCAGGAUUGCAUCGCUUGGAAAAAAAAUUAAAAUAUAGAGACAAAGGCAUAAGAAAGUCUAAUGAUCGUCUCUUUUGUGUGCCGCCAGUAUGCCGUAUCCCAUAUCUCCUCAUAGGAUUAGGUUAUGACCUUUGAGUCUCUCAGGCCCUGCUUAACCUAUGCCGUCCAGGGUGUAAGCAUAGUCCCGUACCCAGGGGGGAUGCUGCCGGCUUUCCCAGCCUACUGGGGCUUGGUAGGGUGGGCCUCUCUGUAUAUUUGGGUUUCCCCCGGAUGAGAGUCUGUGUCCUGGUGUGUUUCCGCCAUCGUUGUUGCUGACCGGCAGGCAUGGGCUGGGUCAGUGUGGUGUUUGGUUCGGAGCUCGUGGGGCGCUCCCACAGGUGCCGUCUGCUUGGUCGCAGUCUCCCUUUGCGGUUUGAUCUGUAGCAGGGGGAUCUCGCUGUAGCAUCGCGUGUCUUCAGCCGGUAUCUGGGGGCUCCAGGGUGACAGGUGAGUAGGCUAAUGCGCCUCGGUAUGGAUACUUUCGGGUUCCAGGGAGCUGCUCUCUUGCUCCUUUUGCUGCCUGACGGAUCUCUGGUCACCUGCCUCUUGGUGGGUUCCCGCUGGCUGUUUUUCCAUGCGGUCCGAUGUUAGAGGGUUCUGCGUGGUCUUCCGUUUGGGUAUGCUUGUGAGAUUGCACGGCAGGGUGUCAAGACCUUUCUCUGGGGUUUUUGGGGACAGAAGAGCUACCAUCUUCUCCCAGAAGGCUUGAAAAGCUUUGUCCAGUCGAUUCUCUGCCUCCGUCUGCUCGCCUUGUGUGCUGGUUGAGCACAUUGUCUCCGCCAUUUUGUGCGCAGUACUGUUGCUUGGAUCAGGUCCCGUGGUCGCCGUAGCGCGUUUGCCAGGUUGUGCCGGGUCUCCUGAUGUUGGACCGUGAUGACCCCCACCGGUCCAGAGGGGGGGGGGACGUGGGCCUCGUUUCGAUCUGUCCGCUGUGUAUGUCAGCGGGGGAGCGGCCGUCUCCCUCACGCCGAUCUCGUGUGCAGGCCCUGCAGGAGGAGUUGCACUGUAAAGGUCGCUUGUCUGGCACCAUCCUGUGCCUCUCCCUUUCACCUGGUGGCCUUUUUGAGACGAUUAGGUCCCUUUUUAUGGCUGGAAACCGUUUAAAUCUCGUUAUAAAGCAGGAGCUGCUCAGAUCAGCGUCUUCUCGCUUCAGCGGUUAGGCCCCGCCCCCCGGGAAUGGAUCAUAUUUUACGCUUAAAGAUAUUUAGUGUGAUAUAGCAUUUGUCAUAUUACAGUGGUGAAUGGAGACAAAUGCCUCAUUCCGUUUUUUUUCCACUGCACUGGAGGAUUCAUAUUGCAUUAUUACAGCGUUCAGAGGAACACCAUAAUCUAUUCAAUAAUAUCAGUGGAGUUAGUGUAGAUAUCUUUCAGCGAUCUAGCACUGCUGAUUGUACCAGUAGUUGCUGAAGUCUGAGGGAAAAGGAGCUUCACAUCAUUAAUUGCUUUUUAUUAGAGAAUUCUUGUUACAGACUGUAUAUGUUCUCACUACUUUUUCUUCGAUCUUUUCAGGAGAAUUUGUGGCUCAAUUUAAAUUCACAGUUCUUUUGAUGCCCAAUGGCCCCAUGAGGAUAACCAGUGGGCCUUUCGAUCUUGAUUUAUUCAAGUCCGAAUUUGAGGUGCAGGAUGCGGAGUUAAAGGUUGGUAUAUAAUUUCUAUUGAUAACAUCGCCCUCCCUUUUCUGAAUGUUGCUUUUGGAAAUUGUAAUUCAGAAACAGUGCUUUUUGAGGUUUUUGCAUGAUGACAAUGGGCUAGAGGAGUUGAGCUCAGAUUUGAAAGUGUUUGCUUGGUUCUCGUAAUUGUCAUCAAACUUCUCUACAUCCUUUCUAAAAUUUGGCUGUAUUGUUUAUGGUUAAAUAUAAUUGUAAGCUAGAUUGCCAGGAACAGUGGAGGGUAUCCCCUAUAAUAAAUACAUAGGAAAAAAGGAAAGGCAGCCUUGGAAAGUAAAUUUUUAAAACAUAACGUGCAUUAAAAUUUCUGAUUAUAAAACCAGGGUAUCUUUAAAAAAAAAAAAAAAAAAAUUACCAAUGUAAAAAAACAACAAACAUAAUUGAAUGGAUGUAACUAUCCUGUUAUAAAUACAGGUUUGGUGUAAUUCUAAUGGCAGUAGCAGUGAAAUCCAGAUUUGUAAUUUCUACAUAAACCAAAUAGACACCAUAUAAAGUUAGUACCAAUUUGUAUUAAUACCAGACGUUUAAGUAACAGGAAUAAUGGUAGAAAAUUAAAGCAGUGUUUCUGAGAAAUGGCUAUAUACACCUUCUAGUGUCAAAUGCUUCUUGUGUAUAAAGUUUGGAUCUGUGGAACAUGGCUAUGGACUCGCAUGUCUUAUUUUCAUUUUUUUUUUUUUUUAGGCACUUCUGCAAAGUUCAGCCAGCCGGAAGACUCAAAAAAAGAAAAAAAAGAAGGUAAUGCCUUUUACAAAGUGAAUUCAAGGGUUUUUACUAUAAACCCUUUUGAGAAGGGAGACCUUUCCAGUGUAAUGUUCCCUAUUGAAAUUUUUUUUUUUUUUAUAUUCCUUGGGAUACAACCCAAAGUAUGGUAGCCGGUGGUUAGAACAGGCACAUCAUGCUUAUCCUAUAACUGGCUGCAUUUUUUAUAUAUUUUAUAUUGUAUAUGCCAAAUGAGCAUUCCGUUCCUAAUAUUAAGUACCCCUUUGAGACGAAAUAUUUUUCUAACUGAUUUUGUAAAAAUUAUUUUAAAGUUAAUUAAUUUCUGCUUGAAGAGCUACUUGCUAAUCUAUUUUUUCCAUUUGAAGGAGUUGCCAAAUUAAUAGAAAGUACAGAAUGCAAUGUGUGUUGAUGCAUGUGUUUUUUCAUGAAUUGUGCAUGUUGCUGCUACUUUGCCUUUGGUGUUCUUGUUUGUGACUUUGCGUAUCUUCAAUUUGUAUAUAACAGGCUUCUAAGAACGCCGAACAUGCUGCUGCUGAAGAUAAUGAAGGCACAGAGUGAGGGAGAAUUCCUGCCAAAAUGAUUGACUUCAACCUGCCAGUUUAUUUUUUAGUACUGCGUUACUUUUACUUCUUCCCCCUCCUUCACAAACAAAUAAUGAAAUGAAACUCAGAAAAAAAUACCUUUGUUCUGUCCUUAUAAAAAAAAAAAAAAAAAAAAUUAAAAAAAUAAGUCAAUCUGGGCUUCCCACAGCACCCUUUUUGGAUAAAAACAUGGACAUUAAUGGAAGAGUGUUUUGGAAUUCACGUCAGACUACUUUACCAAAAGUAUAUAUAUAUAUAUCUAUUAAAAACAAAAAAAGUAAUUCAGGCAUAAAACCAGUCUUUAAGACCAUCUUUUUAAGCAAAAAACAGGAUUGGAACAAGUCACCUAUUUAUAUUAAUACCACUGCUGCCACUAUGUCUGCAAAAUAUUACACUACUUAAUUAAACCUGUUCUUGACUGUCCCCAUUUGACAAAACAGACAAGGCCUAAACAAAAAAAUAUUCUCCUGGGUAUGUAAGGAUUGUAUUUUAACUCUGCAAUUUUGGACUCCAAUAUGUAACUAGAAACGUCAUUGACACUGGGCAGACAGAUCUAUAAUGCUGGAUUUCUGGUCAAACCAUGUGUCCUCUGCCUCAGCUACCCUUCUGGCUGUAAGACUGUCGGUUGAUUGCGCAAAGCUGAAUGUUAUAACCACAAGUAGUACAUCAGACGGAGUGAUGCUGCCCAUGAAAUAAGUAAAUAAAUAAAUUUGGGGGGGGGGGGGGGUUUUUUUGCUGUGACAGAGUAACAAAUCUAGCUUUUUUUUUUUUUUUUUUCUCAAUGAGGCUGCUUGUAUCUUGUAGUUAACAUUGUAAUUCCUUCGUAGUCUGAAUGAAAUCAACAUUCAUUACAAUGUUAAUUGCAAUGUUAGGACGUUUACUAUUUAGCAGUCUUAAUAAUUUUUUGAUCGUAUAAUCCUUCGACUUUGCUCAAGGAAGGACGCGCAUUUGUGUUUUCUGUUUUAAUGUGACUUGACACUUGCACUUGUAAGUCCUGGGUCCUCCCAUUGUUUCUCUCCCCAAUAUAAAUUUAUCUGCUGUACUUCUCACAGAUUAUUAGUCUUCUAAGAUGCCAAUUAUUACCCUAAAACUUGCCAUUGGUUAUGCAAGAUUUCAUUGCAGUUGUCAGUUCUAAAGUAGGUAUGACAAGUGGUGGGCUGAUGUAACAAGAACCUGUAUUUGUAAGAGAGUGCUGGAAAAAGUUGUACUGUAUAUUGGGAAACCGUUAAUCAAAUGCAUAAUUGAUUACCGUGGUUGUCUUCUCCAAACACACACAAACAAUUCUCAGACUUACGCAUGCCAUUGUUGUGGUUUGCGAACAUGGUUCUGGUUUUGUAUAUCCAAAAAAAAAAACUACGGAAUAAUCACAUGCACAAAUGUUCCAUGUUCACUGUAUGGUAAUAGACCCUCUAGCAUUCUACAUGUUCUUUGGAAAUAGUCAAUGAAAUGACCCUUUGCUAUCGAAUCACAAAGAAAGAAAUUUACUUCUUUUGGGCAUAUGUAAAAAGUUGCCUCUGGUCUUUCAAAUAUGUGCAACAAAGGUUAAUAUCCAACAGAAUAACUUUUUUGAAAUAAUGUUCUUCACCUCCUAUUUACAAUUUGUAUGUGUGGAUUGGGACUGUCUCUUUGCUAGAAGACAUGGACUUUAUUUUAAAUGUGAGCUGUUUGUAAGGGAGGUCCAGGUUUGUCUUCUUUGCAAGAACAGUUAUAAUAUAAGCUUGCACUUCCUUCAUUUGAUUUUCUUUUUGGAUAUUAUAACCCUUCUGAUCCUUGUAGUGAAGAUAUUGCAGAAUGGUUGGUAUAUCACAGUGGUGACAGCUUUAUCCAGUUGCAUGUGCAGAAACAAGCAUCUAUCCAACCCUCAACAUUGUGGAAGAGAGAAAUAUAUUUUUAUAUCAUGUUGUUUAAAAUGAUGUUUUGUUGGGUGUGUCUGUUUUUCUUUUAUAUCAAAACAAUUAAUUAAUGUUCCGGACACCUUUAUAAAAAGGAAACUGGGAUUCAGGCACCCAGGGGACUGUUGCUGCAAUGUUCACAGAUUAACCUCUUCCUUGUGUCAUCGAAUAAGCUGUGCGCUGCAGGAAUUCUUACAAACUGUAUGCUCGUAAAUGAGGUCCAACUGCCCAUUACAGUCUUCAACUACAUGUGCAUUUGAGUGGCUAUAUUAACAGAUUUGUCUUAGUAGGUCUCUAAUUGUCUGGAACAAGAAAGGACAAAGGUUUUACUUCCACUAGAAAGUGUCAUUGGGUGACCUUUUUGCAUAUGUGCACUGUUUACUGUUGGGGGGUGUGAGGAUUCGCCCACAUAUCUUGUUCUUGUCUAGGGACUCUUAUAAAGAUUGUAUACUACUGUAUACCAUAGGUUGCUUUCAUAAGCUUCCCAAAUUAUAGAGGUGGUACGGCCACUCCCGAUAUUAAGUGCAUUGCCAUUGUAAACCAAGAUGCGUUAAAUCACUGUGACUUCACAAAAGGAACUUUUCGAUUUUCUACUUUACUAUUUGGAAUGUAUCUCCCGGUGGGGAAAAUGCCUGCAAGUUGUUACAAAUGCCCUUGCAAUAUGUAUAAUGCCCCUCCCAUCAAUAAAAUGGAAAUUCUGACUGGUACUAAAUGAUUGGUGAGCAUUUUUGUAC